CACUGAUUGCAAUAUAUAUGAUUGGAGAAUCUUGAUAACAAUCAUACGACACCUUCCUCUUGCAAUGAUGGCAGGAGGCUCUAUCACAUAUUUUCAGCCCCUUGCCGUUCUCAUUCUUUCCUUAACCAUACCUAUAUCUACAAGAGUUGUAAUGGCGUCGCCACCGGCUGUCAAAGCAGCUUAUUGGCCUUCAUGGACGACGUUCCCGCCAUCAGCCAUAGAUACAAUCUUGUUUACUCAUAUUUACUACGCCUUUCUCAUGCCAACUGACACCUACAAAUUCGAAAUCUCAACUUCAACAGCUCUAGAGCUUUCUAAUUUUACCACCACCCUCCGCCGCAAGAAUCCACCGGUAAAAACCCUUUACUCCAUCGGCGGCGGAGGUACUGAUUCUCAUCUCUUUGCUCGCAUGGUUUCAAAUGAAAAGUCACGUCAAACCUUUAUAAAUUCAGCUAUAGAGACUGCCCGAGGACUUGGUUUCGAUGGGAUGGAUUUGGAUUGGGAAUUCCCUGAAAACCCAACAGAUAUGAAAAACUUGGGCGUUUUGUUUAUGGACUGGCGACGAGCUAUCAACUACGAGGCUAGAAAAACCCACCGUGCUCCGCUACUUCUCACGGCGGCGGUUUACUUCUCGGUCGACUUUUUCUUGGAUGAAGUGUAUAGAAAAUUCCCAGUAUGGUCGAUUAAUCAAAACUUGGAUUGGAUAAACGCAAUGUGUUACGAUUACCAUGGAAGCUGGGACACAUCAGCGACGGGGGCCCAUGCAGCACUUUAUGACCCAAACAGCAACAUAAGCACUAGUUAUGGGCUUAGGUCAUGGAUCAAAGCCGGUCUGUUUAGGAGCAAGCUGGUAAUGGGUUUGCCACUUUAUGGGAAGACAUGGGUGCUAAAGGAUCCGAAUUCGAAUGAGAUCGGGUCAGCUGCGAUUAGUGUGGGUCCAGGAGAUGUUGGGGUGCUUACGAAUGUGGAGAUUGAGGAGUUCAACAAGAAGAAUGGAGCCAAAAUAGAACAUGACAUGGAAACUGUUUCCACGUAUUCAUAUGCGGGUUCAGUAUGGAUUGGGUACGAUGAUUCUGUAUCAGCAACCUUGAAGGUUGGGUUCGCCCAGGCACUUGGGAUUCGUGGCUAUUUCUUUUGGGCUAUUGGCUACGAUAGCGAGUGGAAAAUCUCUAGAUACGCUUCAAGAGCGUGGGUUGUUGGUGAAUGAGCAAUAUGGGGCAAGUAGCAGUAGUAGUAGUUCCAAGUAGACUGUAGGCAGAGAGAUCUAUAAAUGGCGAUUGGAAGAUUGAUUUUAAGUUAUGCUGAUUCAAUGUCAAACCUGAUCUCUUUUUAUUUGUAUCUUUCAAAAUGGAAAUAAUAAAUCACUAGCCAACAAGCUUGCAAUC